CUUGGCAAAGGGGAUAUUUGAAUAUUUCUGCAAUUUCAGUCAGAUUUCCCUUAAACCCUCCCUUUUUCUCUCUCUCAUAAACCCUAAUCACCUGAUCUAGGGUUUUAUUUCCGUUCUCUUUCACCCGCCUUUGUUUAUCGCAAAUUUCAAAUUUUAACUGAAAAAUGGCGAAGCGUUUGAUGCCAUUGUUGAACAGAGUUUUGGUGGAGAAGAUUGUUCCUCCUGCAAAGACUCACGCCGGCAUUUUACUCCCCGAGACCAGCAACAAGCUUAAUUCUGGAAAAGUUCUUGCUGUUGGACCUGGCCUUCGUGACAAGUCUGGGAAUCAUGUUCCUGUUGCUGUCAAAGAAGGGGAUACUGUACUCCUGCCUGAAUAUGGAGGAACUACAGUGAAGCUUGGUGAAAAAGAGUAUCACUUGUACCGAGAUGAAGAUAUAAUGGGAACACUUCACGACUGAUAUUAAUAAGUCAUUUCCUGCCUUGAUCAAGUACACUCUGAUUUGUCAUCUUAGGAUUAUUUAAAAUUAGCAAAUUGUUAAUGAAGUAGCUAUCUUAAAAUUAAGUCAAGGUGGUAAAAUGUGAACGCUAUUUCAUAUCCUUUUGCGUAUUGGAGAAUGUUUUACUUGAAUGGGUAAAUGUACUUUUUACGGAUUCGAAAUAUUCCUAUCAUGUUUCAACUUCAGUUACA